AUGGCAGCUCGAGGUCCUGCCGGUGCGCGCGGCCUGAGCAACCGGUUUGCCCAGUUCAAGCUGGUCCUGCUGGGUGAAUCUGCAGUUGGAAAGAGCUCCAUUGUCCUCCGCUUCGUCAAGGACCAGUUCGACUCGUACCGGGAAUCCACCAUCGGCGCCGCCUUCCUGACCCAGACCAUUUCGCUCGACGAGACCACGACGGUCAAGUUUGAGAUCUGGGAUACGGCCGGCCAGGAGCGGUACAAGUCUCUGGCACCCAUGUACUACCGAAAUGCAAACUGCGCCGUCGUUGUGUACGACAUUACACAAGCCUCCUCCCUCGACAAGGCCAAGGCCUGGGUCAAGGAGCUCCAGCGCCAGGCCAACGAGAAUAUCAUUAUCGCGCUGGCCGGAAACAAGCUCGACCUGGUAACGGAGCAGCCGGACAAGCGGGCAAUUCCCGAGGCUGAGGCUGAGGCCUACGCAAAGGAGGCCGGCCUGCUCUUCUUUGAGACGUCAGCCAAGACGGCCGAGAAUGUCACGGAGCUGUUCACGGCGAUAGCAAAGAAGCUGCCGCUCGACCAGGCCGGUCCCGGACGUGCGCGGCCAGGCCAGCGACCGGGCGUCACCCUGGCCCCCGAGGGCGCCAACACGCAGUCUGCUGGUGCGUGUGCCUGCUAA